GAAGGAUUACUGUAGUCUCUCUUCUCUACUAGGUUGUUUGUCAAUAUGUCAGGACGAGGAAAAGGCGGUAAGGGUCUGGGGAAAGGUGGCGCCAAGCGACACCGCAAGGUUCUCCGCGACAACAUCCAGGGCAUUACCAAGCCCGCUAUCCGGCGGCUGGCUCGGCGUGGCGGCGUGAAGCGCAUCUCGGGCCUCAUCUACGAGGAGACUCGCGGUGUCCUCAAGGUUUUCCUUGAGAAUGUGAUCCGCGACGCCGUCACCUACACCGAGCACGCCAAGCGCAAGACGGUCACGGCUAUGGACGUGGUGUACGCGCUCAAGCGCCAGGGCCGCACUCUGUACGGCUUCGGCGGCUGAGCGGCUUCGCUUGUGCCUAGGCCGUUCUUAUGGCCGGCUUCCCACAUCCACAAAGGCCCUUUUCAGGGCCCACAAAGCAUCAGAAGGGAGCUGUGGACACUUGUACCUCAUUACUCUAG